UGCGCGUCUCGACGGGGCCCGGACGCAGGGAGGGGGGCUCCAGGCUGUCUCUGCGGACACACGGACUGAGCCGCUCUACCUUCGCCGGCCGCCCCUGGGCCUGGCGAGCGAGGCUGCGCGGGCCCAGCUGCCGGCCUCUGGGCGUCAGGCCCUCACCUAAACACGGAAAGGACCUUUCUUUGAGGAAGCACCUGAAGGAGUGUCCAGAUUCAAACGUGCAGAGGCUGGGGUUAUAAACCACUUACUCUCGUUUUUAUUGGAGGCUCAGGUGAAGCUAGCUGCUCACCAUGAAGCUUCUGUGUCCAGCCCUUCCUGGCUGCUUCCUGCUGGCCUUGCUUACCCUGUGGAGACCUGCUCUGCAGACUCAGGCCUCUUCUGAGGCAGUGCCCCUGGUCAGCACUGCCUCCUUCCUGGAGGACCUCAUGCAGCGCUGUGGUGAGAAUGGCAGCCUCACCCUACCGCAGCUGAAGAAACUACUCACCCGCCUGGGUGUGGGAGUAGGCCGGGAGAAUGCCACCCAGCCUGAGCAGGGACACAGGAACUUGUCAACGUGUUUCAGUUCUAGAGAUCUCUUUGCUGCACACAAUUUCAGCCAAGAGUCUCGGAUCGGGAAGAGUGAGUUCCAGGAGUUCUGCCCCACCAUUCUCCAGCAGCUGGAUUCCCGGGCCUGUGCCUCUGAGAACCAAGAGAAUGAGGAGAAUGAGCAGACUGAAGAGGGCAAGCCGAGUGCCAUUGAAGUGUGGGGAUAUGGUUUCCUCUGUGUUACCGUCAUCUCCCUCUGCUCCCUCAUGGGGGCCAGCGUGGUGCCCUUCAUGAAGAAGACCUUUUACAAGAGGCUGCUGCUCUACUUCAUAGCUCUGGCGAUUGGAACCCUCUACUCCAACGCCCUCUUCCAGCUCAUCCCCGAGGCUUUUGGUCUCAACAUACAGAAAGAUUAUGUCUCCAAGUCUGCGGUAGUAUUUGGGGGCUUCUACCUUUUCUUUUUCACAGAGAAGAUCUUGAAGAUGCUUCUUAAGCCGAAGAAUGAGCGUCAUCAUGGACAUAACCACUUCACGUCUGAAACGCUUCCUUCCAAGAAGGACCAGGAAGAGGGUGUGACGGAGAAACUGCAGAAUGGAGAUCUGGACCACAUGAUCCCUCAGCACUGCGACAGCGAGCUGGAUGGCAAGGCCCCUGGCCUGGAUGACAAAGUCAUUGUAGGCUCGCUCUCUGUGCAGGAUCUGCAGGCAUCCCAGAGCGCCUGCUACUGGCUGAAAGGCGUUCGUUACUCUGACAUUGGCACCCUGGCCUGGAUGAUCACGCUCAGCGAUGGCCUCCACAAUUUUAUCGAUGGCCUGGCCAUCGGCGCCUCCUUCACCGUGUCGGUGUUUCAAGGCAUCAGCACCUCAGUGGCCAUUCUCUGUGAGGAGUUUCCACAUGAGCUGGGAGACUUUGUCAUCCUGCUCAACGCGGGCAUGAGUAUCCAGCAGGCUCUCUUCUUCAACUUCCUCUCUGCCUGCUGCUGCUAUUUGGGUUUGGCCUUUGGCAUCCUGGCCGGCAGCCACUUCUCUGCCAACUGGAUUUUUGCACUGGCAGGAGGAAUGUUCUUGUACAUUUCCCUGGCUGAUAUGUUCCCUGAGAUGAAUGAGGUCUGCCAGGAGGACGAGAGGAAGGGCAGCAUCCUGAUCCCGUUUGCCAUCCAGAACCUGGGCCUGCUCACGGGCUUCACCAUCAUGCUGGUCCUCACUAUAUAUUCAGGACAAAUCCAGAUCGGGUAGGACCCUGCGGGACGCCCGUGGAAUCGCACAUUGGGCCCUGGGCUGCAUCUGGUCACCCCCUGCCUCAGGACUCAGCAUCCACAAAACACCUGGAAGAGGUAGCUCCAUUAGAACUUGACCCAGGAUGCCGGCCUUCAAUCCGGUGUCAGCUGUUUUAAAGUACUCUGUCUUAGGAAGAAGUUGCCCUGGUAACCAUUGUCUAGGUAAUGCCUAGCCCCCUCCUCUCACAAGGAUUCUAGAACCUGAAUGCCACAUGCAGGACAAGCUUCCCUUUUCUCUCUGGCUACUCUUUCCCUCUCUCUUCGAAGUGGUACCAAGAGAUUUUUUUUAAUCUCAUACCCUACAAUGUAAAAAUGGAGCCAGUGGUCGCAGAUUGGUUAUAAAUAUCAGGCGUUCAUACUCUGGGACCCAUCCAUCGAAAAGUGCCCUCUGGACCUCAAGCUGGCUCAUUUUGAGAACAGGUUCUUCUGUUCCUGCAGAGAAUGCUCGAGAGACAGAAACCACUCCCAUUUCCCCAAGUCUGUUAGUUGCCUCUGACUUCUGUCAAAGAACUAAAAGUCGGAGCACAUCAGCAGGGCAGGCGGGGAGACAGGGGUCAUCCUGAGAGAGGAGGGAAAUGGUCUUGCAGUGUUUAUUUCUCCCAGCCGGAUGCUGGGUAUUGCUUAUGUGCAGUACCUGGUGUCUCAGCACUGCCGGGAGAGUUAAUAUGGGGGUUUAGCUCCUGGGUCACCUCUUCUUUUUUGGUUAACACUGACAGAAUGGAGAGGCAGGAGAUCCAUGAGAAAACAAUUGCUCUUGCAGUGAUUUCCACCUUCCCUUCCCAGUUUCCCUAAGACUUUAGCUGCCUCGCUCGAAGCACAUUCUGAGCACAUUUGUUUGUAUUAGAGGGGAGAUGGCACACACUUCCUGCCCUGGACAAGUCUUCUGCUUUAGAGUAGCAAGCUGAAUUACAGAAUUGGGAUGUGCUAGUUUGUGCUUUCCUAUGACAAAGGAUAAUCAGACAUGGAAUCAAUGCAGGUAAAACUCAGGACUUGCUAAUCACAUGAAUAAAAGUAUGAGUACUAAGGGACUCUGGUCAAGUUUGUGAGUUAGGGCGUGGCAGAUGGCCAUUGCUAUGAGUAGGAUUUAAAGGCACUGGCUAGGUUACCUCCUUUGCUCCAUACAAGGAAAAAGGGUGAAUCCUGUACUGGAUGCGAAUUGCUCUAAUUCUCUCCAGCCUGGGGCACUGUGGCACCCUCCUUCCCCCCCUCCCCCUCUCGAGAACUCUGGCUUCCAGGGGAGCUCACUCCAGGUUCACUAGGUGAAUUGAUUUAUUAUUAUCAUAUUGAUAAUGUGGAUUCUUUAGCCACUUUGGGGAGCCAGUCUCUCCCCAGAGCCUUUCUUAGUGGUGCCCAGAGUUGCAACCCAGGGGCCAUGUUCAUUCACAUGACCGACAAGAGCACUAGUUCAUUGCCAAUGUCAACUUUCCCAUCAGUAAUUAAAAGCAGCAUCUAUUUGGUUGGUUGUUUUUUUUUUCUUCAUGGGAAACAGCCCUCUGCUAGGAAUAUUCUUCAAGUGAAGAUGAGUGAGCAAACUGGUUGUAAUACUUGCUAAGUGUCUGUCUUGAUGUUGCCUAUUGACUUGGAUUUUGAGACAAAGCUGAGGAAGGAGGAAAUUUCUAAAUCAAGAGUCUAGGAUGAAUGUCAGGACCGAUCCCUGGUAGGGUCUAGUUUUACCAAAGAAUCAAUUCCUUGAAUGUCAGAAUCUAACUUUUUAUAAUAUCAUUGUUAUUGUUUUGUAAUGAUUCUUUGUCUUUUCUGUUUUGUUUUCAAACUACUUUCAGGAGGCAGCAGAAAAUAGCACUCUGGGGCUGGGUUGGAGCUCAGUGGUAGAGUGCUUAUAUGUAUGAAAUACUGGGUUCUAUCCCCAGCACCACAAAAAAAAAAAAAAAAAAAGACUGGAAGGUUUUGCUUUACCCAGCUCACAUUGAUGUAUUAAAACAUUAAUAUUAGCAUUCCCUGUCAUUCCUUAAAAUACCAUUUGUCUUGGAGUAGAAUACUAAGUUAAGAGCUAGUGAGUUUUCAUUUAGGAGAGAAGCUUAAAAUCUCUUAACAAGUUGAACAGUCAACAUGAAAUGGCAGGGUGCGUGGCCUUUUUGUUUUGUUUUGUUUUGUGCACACCUACAAUAAAUAACCCAUGAACUUUGCUUUCACUGCCUCCAAGGGAAGCCCUCUGGAAAGGGCAUCGGCCCAGAGGCCCGCCCCAGUCAGAGCUCGGGAGGGGAGGGGUAGACACACUUGAGUCCGCAGGUUGCUGCCAUUGGCAACAGAUUUGCCCAUGAAUUGAAAACCUGGCAGUGUCUUUUUUUUUUUUUUUUUUUUUACUUUUAAAAGGUGGAUUUGCAGUUCUAAGAUCAGUACAUAUUAGAAGUUUGAGACAGUGAAUUGUUCAGUGGACUUUUAUCCCCUGGUGUUACACCAUCAGUCUCUCUCUCUGCAGAUGAACCAGCCUGCUAUUAACAAGCAAGGAUCCCUUAGCCAGGGAAAGGGUUCUACUUCUCAACCUCACUGCAUAGCUCUCCUCUGUCCUUGUCCCCAAAGGUAUUUUGUGUCUAGUGUCCAUGUGGACCAUUCUCCAAUGGUCCUUCAACUUGGGAUUAAAAGGCUUCUCUGUUUAGGUAGGUUAAGGUCUAUUUUUGGUCUUCUUCCAAAAGAGAUGAGUAAUAUUCUGGAAAUCUGCUUUCUUUUUUAAAGUAAUUUUUUUUUUUGCAAGAAAGGUUAGGUUUUUAUUCAUAUUUCUUCCUUUACAGUUCUGCAAUUCCAUCACAGUAUUUUUUUUAAAAUAACUCAGGUGUUGUGGGAAGAAUUAGAAAAUAAAAUUAACUUAUGUGGACUGUAAAUGUUUUAUUUGUAAGAUUCUAUAAAUAAAGCUAUAUUCUGUAA